AAGGCCUUUUUUGGUGGGAUAUCACGUGUCUGCCAUCCGCAUGACGUGGCUAAAGUGGGCCAAAUUCUGGUGCAAUUGUGCAAUCGGUUAGAGCGUUGUGGCAGGUCAAAAUAUUGCUUCAUUGGACCAGCAGUCCAGUCCAAUCAUUUUCUUUUUUUUCUUUUUGUUGGAAAAUAUUUUCUAACACUAGUUUGCAUUCUUCCGAAGAGUGCAUGUAAUAUUUUGUUGACUCGAAGAACAAAAGAAUGCAUGUAAUAAUUAUUUUAGGAGGGGAUUAUGUUUUCUUCUUUAUUUUUUUUCUUUAUAAACUCAAAUAUUUAUAAUUUAAUUGGAUUUAAUCUUGAUUUCUUACAUUGGUGAAGAGCCGAAAGACGAUGGAUCCCUCCCACCCUCCCUGUGUUGCAACUUGCAAAUUACAAUCAAUGAAGAAAAUAAUAUAAAAAGAUAAAAAUUAAAACCAAAAGUUAUGCGUUUUGCGUAAAGAAACCCGCUGCUUUCAAAAACCGUUCGUUUAUUUCAUAAACGCAUCAAAAAAUUAACCCUCUUAUCCUCAUCGCGUUUUUAGUUUCCCAGUGUCUUGUCUUGUACUAGUGUUUUCUUUUUGCCGAUGAAGUCUUCUACUACAGUAUCGGGUGUUCUGUUUGGAAUUAAUGUUCAUCAUCAGUUGUUUUUUUCCUACACCAUAUAUCUAAUUCGACGGCCGACAUUUGAAGGCAGAGACAGCUCCCGAUCAUCAAGAACCUCUUUGAUUCUUUUCAGUGAUAGGGGUGUGUUUACCGAAUAAAUGGUUGUGUGUCAGUCGGAUCAAGACCAAUCGAGGGCCAAAUGGACAACAUUUUGCACCAAAAUAUUUGCAGAUUUGCUGGUUGAGCAAAUACGGAAAGGAAAUAGGAGUAGCGGUGCUUUUUCAAAGUUAGCAUGGAAGAUUAUCCGAGAUGAAUUCAAUAGGCAGACUGGUCUCAAGUUUGAUAAACAACAAUUGAAGAACCAUCUCGAUGUUCUGAGGAAGAGAUACAAUUCUGUGAAGGCAAUUCUUGAUCACCCUGGCUUUACUUGGGAUGCUUCUCAGUCUAUGCUCCUAGCUCAGGAUGAUGUAUGGCAAAAGUACAUUGAGGCACAUCCUGAGGCUGACACUGUCAGAAAGAGGGGCUGUGAUAUAUAUGAACAGCUAUGCAUUAUCUUCUCAUCAGACUCCGGAACCAAUGUAAAUCAUGCCUUCAUCGUUUUAGGAACAGCCGUGCAUCAGAUAGAUGAAGACCCGCCCAGGGCCAAGUGGACUAUGCCUCUUGAGAAGAUAUUUGUAGAUUUGAUGCUUCAGCAGGUUUUUCAAGAGAAUAGGUCGAACAAUGCUUUUAGCAACAAAGCGUGGAAGUACAUAUACCAUGAAUUUAACAGACAAACAAAGUUAAAUUAUGAUAAGCAGCAGUUGAAAAAUCAUCAUGGUGUUUUGAGAAGGUGGUACCACAGUGUAAAGUCACUUCUUAAUCAGGAUGGCUUUAGUUGGGACAAGUCUCGAUGCAUGGUAAUUGCUGAGAAUGAUGUGUGGGCAAAAUGCAUCGAGAAGCAUCCUGAAGUUGAGGCAAUAAGAGUCAAAGGAUGUCCGCAUUAUGAACAGUUAGACAGGAUAUUUUCAGAGUCAGGCAGUUCUGGAAAUUAUGCUUUCCCUGAAUCACAGACAGCUGCUUCAAAGAUGGAUAGUCCGCCUAGUGAAGAUCAAUUCAAGCAAGAUCAAUCAAGAGCAAAGUGGUCAGCACCACUGGAUAAGAUACUUUUAGACUUGUUGAUUGAGCAAACUGGGCAAAAUAAAAUGUCCAACAAGAAAGCAUGGAAACAUAUACGGGAAGAAUUCAAUUACAAAACAGGUUUGCAGUUUGAUGGUGAACAGUUGAGGAAUCACCAAAAUGUUCUUAAAAGGUUGUACAACAACAUAAAGUCGGUUCUUGAUCAAAGUGGUUUUAGUUGGGACAAUUCUCGAAAUAUGGUAAUGGCUGAUGAUGAAUUGUGGGAAAAGUACACCACGGCACAUCCUGAGGCUGAAACAAUUAGAAACAAGGAGUGCCCAAUUUUCAAACAGUUAUGCACAUUAUUUUCAGAGUCAAAAGCUGAAGAGACAUACGUCCUCUCAAGUCAUGAUGUGAAGCUGAAUCAACAAACAGUCAAUGUGGUGGGCACUCCAGAAACUGCUAGUGUUUCUGCUGAACCUGAACCUGCAGUCGAUGAGGCAUCAUCGCGACUAUCUGAAGAAGUGAAUAUGUCUAGUGGAAGAAAUAAGCGGCGGAUUAAGACACAAACGCUCAGCUCAAGUCGUCAGAGGAGAGUGUGUAGGGAAACUAGUAACACAAACGUGGAUGCUGUUUCCCAACAUGAGGAGGUUCCCUCAACAAACAAGAGAGCAGCAGGAGCAGCUGCUGUAGCACAUAGUGGUGAUCGAUUCUCGAUAUCCAGUUGCAUUGAAGUAUUGAAUGAGAUGGCAGGGGUUGAUGAAGAGCUUUAUCUGGCUGCUUCAGAUUUGUUCCAGGACCCUGACCGGAGGGAAACAUUUAUAUGCAUCAAAAAUGAGAUCAAAUUGGCAUGGCUUAAGGCCAAGUGUAAACAUCUUUUGUAGUUGUAGAUUAUCAAUCAUAAUCAAUGAUACUUUGAUAGUUAUAUGUUGCAGCAA